UUUUUGCAGACGUUACGUCUACAAAAAAAACAUUGUAAACAAAAAGCGAUUUGAAAAUUUGUUCUAGCUGGAGAAUACUACAAAAAGGACACACAUCAUUGCUUAAACCUUCUAGCAUUGGAACACCAAUUUAGUUGUGCUAUUUUAUUGUGUUUUACCGUCCCCGCGAUCUCCAUUUCCCCCCACGAUAAGAAACUGCCAAAAACGGUUUGGAUAAAAGUGAAAGGUGAAACGCGUACAACGCUUAGAUGAAGAUCGAAAGAUGUCGUGGCGUACGCAACUGGUGCUAGGCUUAGUUUUAUUGUCGGUCGUGCCAUUCGAGGCAAAAAAUGUGUUGCUACUGUUAGCCGACGAUGGGGGGUUUGAGAUGGGCGCAUACCGGAACCGCAUCGUGCAGACGCCCUUUCUCGAUGCGCUGGCAAAGGAGAGUUUGAUUUUCAACAAUGCUUACGCUUCGGUUAGCAGCUGUUCGCCGUCCCGAGCCGCCAUACUGACGGGCAUGCCAGAACACCAAAACGGCCAGUACGGUCUGCACAAUGGUGUGCACAAUUUCAAUUCCCUCCCGAAGGUACGCAGCAUCUCGUCGAUUCUCGGCGAGGUCGGCAUCAGGACGGGAUUAAUUGGCAAAAAACAUGUCGGCCCGGACGAGGCCUACAAAUUCGAUUAUGAGCGCACCGAGCAACAGUAUCCGAUCAAUCAGGUUGGACGAAACAUAACGCAAAUCAAACUGUUCGUAAGAGAAUUUUUGCAGCAAAGCGCAAAGUCGAACGGCAACGAAUCCUUCUUUCUGAUGGUGUCCUUCCACGAUCCGCAUCGCUGCGGCCAUAUUACACCCCAGUACGGAAGCUUCUGCGAGCGGUGGGGUUCGGGCGAGGAAGGAAUGGGCCUGAUCCCGGACUGGCAUCCGAUUUACUACGUUUGGGAUGAGAUCGACUUGCCGUACUACGUGCCGGACACGCAACCUGCACGAUACGAUCUAGCCGCACAGUACACAACCAUCUCCCGGCUCGAUCAGGGAGUUGGUCUCGUGCUGAAAGAGUUGAGCGAUGCGGGGCUGGCGGAAAGCACACUUGUGGUAUACACUUCCGACAAUGGACCACCGAUGCCUGCAGCCAGAACCAAUCUGUACGAUCCGGGAAUGGCUGAACCGAUGUUUAUACGAUCGCCGGACAAGGGCGCCCGCCGGAACGAGGUGACCUACUCGAUGACCAGCCAUCUCGAUCUUGUCCCGACAAUACUCGAAUGGUUUAACGUCAGCCACCCGCAACCACUUACCGGGCGUAGUUUGCUGCCGCUGUUGCUGCAGGAACCACCGAAUCCUGCGGCGGAUGAUGCCGUGUUUGCAAGUCAAACAUUCCACGAAAUUACGAUGACCUAUCCGAUGAGGGCAAUACGCACAAAGCGCUACAAGCUGAUUCACAACCUCAACUACCAGCUACCCUUCCCGAUCGAUCAGGACUUCUACGUUUCGCCAACGUUCCAGGAUAUGCUGAAUCGUACCGUUGCCAAACAACCGCUUCCAUGGUACAAAACGCUCCGUUCGUACUAUCAGCGUCCGGAAUGGGAACUCUACGAUCUGAAGAUGGAUCCAACCGAAUCGAGAAAUCUGUUCGGUAAGGCCAGCAUGAAGGGCACGUUCGAAAAGUUAAGCAGCCGGUUGCAAAAGUGGCUCGAAAUGACCGACGAUCCGUUCCGCUGCUAUCCGGACGGUGUGCUGCAGGAUACCGGGGCGUAUCUCAAUAACCCCACCUGUCUUCCCUUGGGACAUUAGCAAGCAUACACGUUGGAAGUUGUUUAACGCAAACAAAAUAUUAACGUUAGCUGCAUUUGCAUUUCGCUCUUCUAAUACAACAUAAAAUACUCCGAAUAAAAAAAAAAACACAUCGUACACUAAAU